AUGCUCUAUGACGUCACCACGUUACUGAUUUGCUGCUUUGGAUCAUUAGCUGUCUCAAAUCUACCGACCGAUGGCGUCUUACCAAGGCUGCAAGCCAUAAGAUUCUGCAUCAAAGCUGAACUUGGCCGUCCAAUCCAGAUACGCCCCGCAUUCAUAUACAAGGAGUCGACCAAUCGAUCCUAUCUCAACAACACCAGACUUCCUUUUGCGAGGAUGAGCAAUUUCAAUUUUGUGCCGCUGCCGCCGCCGCCGCCGCCUCCACCUAUUGUGCCAUAUCACCUGGCGCAUCUGGCCCAGCCUUGCAUGCCAUACGCCACCCCACCACCCCAACCACCUCGAAGGCGGCGUCAGCGUACUCGAAAUAAUGCUAAUUGCGACAACGAUUCCGAUGGUAGUAAUGAACUUGCUGAAGACGACAAUUUGUAUCAGGAAGAUCUUGACGAAGCAGUCUUGAAGGGAGAACGCUGCGACAGUAAAGACAUGUUUCGCGUGCCCAGAGCAGACGAUCCAGAGAAGUUCCACUGGGUUGAGGAGCAGCCGCUGCAAUAUGGAUCUACCACUGAACCUGGGAAAACCAAGAAAGCACGGGAGGCCUUUGCCGUCAAUGUUUAUCGCAAGUACAACGAGAUUAAAGAAGAGUGGUACGCCAGUGAACUUCGAUUGAACAGCACCUUGCUUCACAGUGUCCUAGAAACAGUAUUGGAAGGUUACCCUGGGUUGACACAGCACGAACUCAAGUCAUUCUCCCCGCCUUUCCUCCCGUUCCUUCACAGAUGGGACGCUUUGCAGGGAGUCAUUCAUGAUCUCCCUGCUCACUCGGAGAGACAGCGUCACACACUUCUCCUAAAACAAACCCUUCAGGAGCUGCUCAAAGAGGCAUUCAGUACCCUAGCCAAUACAGCAAAUACAGGCCAUAUUGCGUUCGAAGACCUACAGCUAUUGUACACUCCUGGAACGAUUGUUGUUCGCCAAGAGCCCAUUUCGGCAGCGAUCCUUCGCAGUUGUCAUCUAAGACGGGAACUAGAGCUUCCCGACUCUUAUGAGCUUUUCCUAGAUGUUGUGGACUGGAACGGGAGGAAUUGUGGGCUUGUCACCCAAGUAUGGAAGUUGGACGAAUAUUGUGGUUUGCGCGCCCUGACUGCGCUGGCUGUCGCUCCUCUCGAAUCUUUAUCCAAUCAGCAGGCUAUUCGUAAGACGCUGAUUGAGCGCGGACGACUGUUCGAAAAAUAUCGGGGCCAGUCUUUUAUGGCUUUUACGAAUCAUCAUGAAGAGCGCGUGAACGAGCGCAUGAUCGUGGAUGCAAAGACUUACUACAAGUUCGACAAGACAUUUCCAAAAUAUGCUAGCUUAGCGGAGAUUGGGCAACUUACUUGGGCUCAGUCCAUGAAUCGACUCUCUCCAGGAAUUCCAAUCCACCCUUCCAUGAUACCUCCCCCUCCAAUGGCCCCUAUGGUCCCAGACACUGACGUAGAUGAGCAACACGAACCUAUGACAGAUGAACAAUGUCUUCUUGCAGUUGGGACCAUGCCAGGUUUUAACAUAGAGAAGAAAAAAUGGGAAGAUCUUGACAUCACGAAGCUUCACGACAUACCAUGGUCUGAUCGUGCUUUCGAAAACCUGGUGCUUGAUCAAGCAGAGAAAGAUCUUAUACUAGCUCUGGUUGACCGAGAACAGUAUAAAGUUAGUAAACCCUUCGAUGACUUCAUUGCAGGAAAGGGAGAGGGUAUGAUCAUGCUGCUAUGUGGCCCACCAGGAGUCGGGAAAACACUGACAGCCGAAACCGUCUCCGAGCAUUUGCGUCGGCCGCUGUACCGGCUGGGUGCAAGCGAACUGGGGAGUGAUCCACGUGUCGUGGAAGCUGUUCUCCAUAGAGCAUUACAGCUCUGUGGUCAACUUGGCGCAGUCUUGCUUAUCGACGAAGCGGAUGUCUUCAUGGGCGCAAGGUCCUCGUUCAAUCUGCAACGCGAUGAACUCGUUGCGACGUUCCUCCGCCUUCUAGAAUACUACAACGGCAUCAUGAUAUUGACCACGAAUCGCAUGUCUAAUAUUGACCCAGCUUUUGAGUCGCGCAUCGACAUCACUUUGAAUUAUGACUCACUGUCAGAGACCAAUCGCAAGCAAGUUUGGAACAACUUCUUAGCCACCAUGGAUCCAAAGGAAGUCGACAUCGACGAGUAUGAGCUUUCAAAGCUGGCCAAACGUGACUUCAACGGUCGUCAGAUCAAGAGUGCCAUCAAGACCGCGCGCAUACUUGCUGCAAAGAAGAAUGAACCAUUGAACGCUCGUCAUCUGGGGGUUGUUUUGAACCUCCGACGCAAAGCGAUGAAUACAAUGGUGGAAAAAGGGGAGAACUUUGGGGGAAGCGGAAGGGUGUUAAGCUGA